AAGCCCCACAGCCAAACCCAGUCCACAUCCACAGAUUUGCCACAACAUAAUCGUGGUUCGGCCUCGCAGCACAGGGACUACAUUUAUUCAAACAGCCAUCAGCGAACACAAACUGGCAGCCACUUGGAGCAUUGAAUAGGCUGAGAUCACCUCCACAGAACGAGAACGGCCAACCUCUUUUUGAAUCGAUCUCUAUCAUGACGAACAAGGCAGAUACGAAAGAGCUGAUGGGUGAGGAGGAGACAGUGGUGCCUCCGCUCGAAGAGUGCGGAGACGACGAGGAGGGAUUCCCGAUUGAGGAAAGCGCUGCGAGCCGAAGAAGUAGGGCCUCCACUUACAUCCCCUCCAUGAGCGGUUUACUGGAGAGCGAAGAGAUGAAGGGUCCUUCUGUGGAACCCAAUUCGGUUGUGGAGCCUCGAUUGAGCCAUGUGGACCUGGAAAGUGAGAUGGCAUCUGCUCCCAAGAGAUCUAGGGCUGGAUUGGCUGGGAACUCGGCUCCUGUCCGACGACCCCAGAGCACCAGUACAACGACGAGUCAGUUGCCUGCUGGAGACGAGAACAGUCCCACUGGCAAGAGACAAUCCACUACGAUUCCUGCAACCAUUCUAGCAGCACAUCCCUCCAUUACAGUGCACAGGAAGGGGGAGGACCCAGAAGCUCAAUUGGUGGUUCAAUCUCGAGAGAACAGUAUUGCAACGGUGGUCACCAAGAACCAUCCCAGCGAUGCUAAAGUGGGUUCCAUAUUAGAGCCGCGAAUGAGUCGUACCGGUACAGUUGGUUUGGGUAUCGACGCGAUUCUGGACUUGACAGAAACAUAUCACGAUGACAGCAACGAUGGCCAGGCCAUGUCCAUUCUCCGAAGCUCAAGUACAAGUGUAGAAAAGGUACCGGUACGGGUACCAACGCUCACAAGGGCCGAGAAGGAAAACAAAAAGGCUCCCCCCUCGGUUUCUUCCACUGCUCAAGCGGAAGCUUCUCUCCGCAGCUCAGCGACGACGAGUCAAGAAAACAUGUCAUUCACGAGAACAGAGAAGGACAACAGAAAGGAUCCUCCCAGUUCUUCCGCUGCUCCUCCAACGGGUCCUCUUCGACCGCCAACUACUAGGGCAGAGAGAGAAAAUAGAAAGGCUGCUCCCUUGGCUUCUUCUGCCACAAAAAAGACAGCUCCCACAACAACCUCUGUGGCCGCAAGAUCGAAGAGUGGGGACCCGGACUACGAGCAUGUCCAUCAAGAACUAAGCCCUACCGAUUUGGGAAUGAUCGUGGCAACCUCCAGCUUUCGUCAAAGCAACGGCAGCACGUCAGAAACGGCGGCGACGGCCGUCGAAUCCCAGCCAGGAGCGUUUCGACACGGACCGGGAUCCCUCAAUCGUGGAAGUUCCGAUACCAUACUGUACAGCAACGAUGGUUCCGUUCUCAAACAACCGUCAUGCAAAGGACCGGAAUUGGUCACUGCCUUUAUUGUGGAGGAGACUGAGCUGGAAGAGGACCUGGAAGCUGUCAAGGCAUCUAUUCGGAAGGAAGUACAAGAAGAAAUGAUGCAAGAUGUUGUGGAAGCUGACGACAUCGAGGUACAAGUGGCGCAAGAUGAUUUCCAAAAUGCACAAGAGGGAGCUGGCAAGAAUCACAGGACGAUGCUUCUUGCUGGUCUUGGAGUUCUUCUGCUGGUUGUUAUCAUUUCUGUUGCGGUAUCAGUGGGAUCCAGGUCGUCGGAUCAAACGGGAGAACAAGAAGCGCAGAAGAUCUAUAUCAAUGUCAAUGUAACCGAUGCACCCACGCUCGCCCCAAGCGGCGCUCCAACAGUAUACUAUGACUUGGGGCUCAUUGCAGGAUUACCUAAUUUCACGUUGGCAUCGUUCCAGGAUCAAACAUCCCCACAAUCCUUGGCCUACCGGUGGGUAAGCAAAGAUCCAGACCUCUCUUCAUACAACAACAGUAGGCGCCUUCAAAGGUUUGCGCUGGCCACGCUCUACUUUGCAACCGAAGGGGAGGAGUGGAACGAUCAGAACUGGCUCCAUUAUGGGACAGAGAAAAAUGAGUGCACAUGGUUCACAAUGGAAGACGACUCUCUGUAUCCUGAGUUUUCAUCUGAAUACGAUCUCAAUCCUUGUUCCAAUGACAUGGAGUACGUGUUUCUCACAGCAUGGGACAAUGGCUUGGGUGGGACUCUCCCACCAGAGUUGAGUCUUUUGACGAAACUCCAAAUCAUCGACUUGUCAACCGCCACCACAGCUGGCACCAUCCCUACAGAGCUUGGGCUUUUAGCGGAUCUGCGCCAGCUCUGGAUCUCUAGCAUGCGGUUGACAGGGACGGUCCCAACAGAAUUGUUCUCUUUAACGAAACUGGAGGGUUUGGGGGUGGGUUCAAACCACAUCACUGGAUGGAUUCCCACAGAAGUUGCCCUUCUUACAAACUUGGAGUUUCUUACUUUGUAUGAAACGGAGGUGGAGGGGCCAAUUCCAUCCGAAAUUGGAAUGCUUUCUCAACUCACCAUCGCCUACUUUGAUGCCAACCAAUUGACGUCAACCAUACCCACCGAGUUGGGAUUGGCAACAUCUCUCGAAUGGUUCUUGGCAUAUGAAAACCAACUCACUGGCCCAAUCCCUUCCGAAGUCGGAAGGCUACCUGUACUCGAUGAACUGCACUUUGACUCCAACCUUUUGACAUCAAGUCUACCCACAGAGCUGGGAUUGGUGGAAUCUGUGGGAGUAAUCGAGGGUUUUGACAACCAACUCACGGGCCCACUUCCAUCAGAACUGGGCCAGUUGCAGCGUUUGGAUCGAUUGAUUUUGUAUUCGAAUCAGUUGACCUCAACCAUCCCAAGGGAACUUCAAGGUGUGCCCUUCCUUUCCGAGUUGAUGUUAGAUGACAACUUUUUGGAAGGAAACGUGGACAACAUGACUUUUGCUAGCCCACUGCUGAAAACUUUCCAUAUCCAAGAGAACAUCAUGUUGACCGGAACGAUUCCAAUGGUGCUCUGCAUUCUGGAAGAUGGGCUUGAGUUUGAUUGUAUGCCCGGGCAUCUCUGUGGCUGCUCGUCGUGUGAUUGUGAUUUCUUUAAUACUUCUACCACAGCAACAUGGAAUGUGACUGAUGAUGACCUGUUCAAUUAUUCUGCCACCCCCCACCAACAUGGAAUGUGACUGAUGACUUGGCAUCUUUAUUUGAAACAGUCACAGGAACAACAGGCGAAGUGAAUGCUGGUGGUGCGGUGAGGAGAUAUGAUCUAUGCACGAUAUUGGGAUGAUCUUGUGCAGUGUGAUAUAAGUGUGACAAGGGCUUUGCUGUUGCAGCCAGAGCAUGGUCUCUUAAUUAUGAGUAUAAAGAUGGUUGCAGUCUUUCUUUUCUAU